AUGGAGAAGCCUACAACUUGUCUCCAAUCCAAAAUCCUCUGUUUCUCUCUCUUCUACCUUCUCUCCGUCGUCUACCUCUCUCUCUCCUCCUCCAAAUGCAAUCUCCGGCCACCCUCCGCUGCCCCGCCUCCCUUCUCUUACCCUCCCUCUUAUGGAGAAAACAAGCAUGCCAUUCCCACCACUCGUUCAUCUUGCAAUUCCCCUGUUUUUUUCUCAGAUUACUCGGUGGUUUUGAAGAAAAUGGAGGAAAAUUUGAUGAAUUCGACGAUUUUUGGUGAGAGGUCUUUGAGGUAUAUGCAGGGGAAUGGUGAAAGUUUUGGUGGGAAUUUGAGUUUGAAGGAAAGAUUGUCUCAUUUUCAUCUAUCUGAUUAUGGGAAUGAAAUUCCAUGUGGUUUCUUCAAGCCAUUUCCAAUCUCUGAUUCGGAUCGAACUGCGAUGGAGAAAUGUAAUGGGGUGGUAAUAGUCACGGCUAUAUUCAACGACCAUGACAAAAUCCGGCAACCUAGGAAUCUAGGGCCGGAAACCUCGGGUCGUGUGUGCUUUUUCGUGUUUGUAGAUGAUGCAACAAUGAAGGGUUUGUAUUCGUACAAUGUGAUGUCAAACGAAACUAAGGAGAAUAAGAUUGGUGUGUGGAGAGUUGUUAAGGUUUCAGGUGUUGACAUGGCGCUCUCGAGGCACCCUUAUUUCGUGCACACGAUCGAGGAGGCCAUGGCGACAGCGAGAUGGAAGAAGUGGAGGCAUGUUGAUGGAUUGAGGGUGCAAAUGGAGACUUAUUGUGAGAAUGGUAUGCAACCUUGGCACACAAACAAGUCUUAUCCCACAGAUGUUCCGGAUACUGCUUUGAUCCUGAGGAAGCACAGUGCAGCCUCAAACCAAUUCUCAUGUCUUCUUUUCAAUGAAUUGGAGGCAUUCAACCACAGGGAUCAACUGGCAUUUGCAUUUGUGAGGGAUAAAAUCACACCAAAAAUUAACAUAAACAUGUUUGAGGUUGAGGUUUUUGAGAAAAUUGCAAUAGAAUAUAGGCACAGCCUCAAAAAAGGUCAGGCCUAUGUGGGCCCCAAUGUGAAGUGGGCUACCCAAAGUUUGUUUGGCUAUGAGGGUUUUGGUAAAUGUGAAGACUAUGUUAUGAAGAUGUUUGGGAAAAAUUACAUUAUUGAUUGAUUUUUUAUUUUUAUUUUU